AUCAGUACACGUCCCAUCGCGUCGGUUCAGUAUCUGUUAAGAGUGAAAUGGAAUCACGAAUGAAGUGCCGUCUUUAUUACACUUGAGCGUAAUCAAAUAUGUAAGACAAAGCAAGUGUUAUGGUCUUUCCUAUCACCUUUUCAUUCGCUUUUAACGGGUUUACCGCUUGAUACACAUUAUUCUCGAUUUCCACACACUUAUAACUUUAAAAACAGCAAAGACGACGUCAAUUUAGCAUAGUAUUAGUUACAAAGACUUUAUUCAACGCCAGUGUGUAUUUGUGAUUUGCACGGCAUCGUGUUUUUUUAAUUGCUUGUGAUUAAAUUUUCUUAUCCAAAAAUAAUAAUGUAUUGUAUGAUAGCAACAAUCGUAGCACUGUCAUACAUUUUCUGGGACAUUAACUACUUUCUACGGAUUGCUUUUACCAUUGGAAUUGGGAGAUUAUUUCAAAAGAAAUGUGGCGUUAAUGAGACUACAACUAUAUAUGGUUUUUGCACAACACAAGAUGUAGAUAUUUUUUUGAGACACAUGAACAACGCCCGGUAUGUGCGUGAACUUGAUUUUGCAAGAUUCCACUUCUACGACAGAACUGGUAUUUACCACAAUAUAAAAGCGGUUGAUGGGCAUGCAUUACAAGGGGCUUCAAGUAUUCGGUACAGAAGAACGAUACCAAUUUUCUCGGCGUAUAAAGUAGAAACAAAGUUGGCGUACUGGGAGGAUAAAACGCUUUUUAUCGAGCAGAAGUUCAUAACGCUGAGCGACGGGUUCGUGCGCGCUGUUGUGCUGUCGAGGCAAAACCUCAUCAAUGUCGACGUAGCAACACUCUUCAAGGAUAUUCCCGGCGCUGAUAAAAAACCGGAAUGCCCCGAAGAAAUUAAACAUUGGCUUCAGGCUAUUGAGAUUUCUAGCGCAAAAUUAAGGAAGAAGGAUUAGAUAGAACUAUUGUUAUUAUUUUUAUACAAAUUAAUAUAUUUUUAUACUGGAGGAUUUAGGUUGGGUUUGUAAUAAAUAUAUUUUAAAAAAGCUU